AAUAAAUGCAGCAAAUAGACAACGACACUGGAUUAGAGGGGAAACCAAAGGAGAAGGGUUUUUGGAGAAUUUGCAGAGCUGAAAGUGCAGGUUCUUUGGUACAAAACAAUUGUACGUUGCCGGAAGUACUAUGAAGAGUUGGCUGGUCUUCAUUGUCCCAUUCCUUCUAUGGCAGUGCUGUACUUCCCAAAGUGUGUGUGAAGAACCACCUGAUAUUGAAUUUGGAAUAAUUCUAAGUGAUGAGAAGGCUGAAUAUCGGGAAAGCGACAGAGUACAGUACAAGUGCAAUCCUGGGUAUUCCUUCGAAGGGUCUGAAUGGAUUAUAUGCAGUGGACAACAGUGGUCACCUCCACCAAAAUGUUUAGCACCUUGUGGUAUCUCGAAACAACAGCUGGAUGGAAAACAUCUGCUUUUGUCUGGUGGCCGAAGACGUUCACAGUUCAUUCAAAAUGGCCAAAUAUUGGAAUUUCUGUGCAGAGAUGGAUAUGUGCUCACUCCUCCUCCGGUCAGAAAGUGUAUUGAUGGGCACAUGGACUUGCCAUUGUGUAUUUCUGAAAGAGGGAAAAACUGUAGCCGUCCACCCAUUAUUCAGAAUGGAGAUAUUAUUACCUUAUCUCAGAAGCAGUACGCAUCUGGUUCUUCAGUGGAAUUCCAAUGCCAAAGAUAUUAUGCCAUGGAGGGACAUAACAGUUCUUUUUGUGACAAUGGGAACUGGACAAAAGCACCCAUUUGCUUAGAGCCCUGUGCGUUAUCAUUGGCUGAAAUGGAAAGCCAAAACAUAGAGGUAAAAGGGAGAUCAGAUGAAAGUGGAUCUCAGAAUACGUACCUACAACGUGGCAAUUCUGUUGAGCUUACCUGUAAAUCAGGAUACGCCCUUGCGGCAACUUCUCCCCAAUCUUCUAUUGAAAUCCAGUGUGAUGGAAAACCAAUUGUGUAUCCUGAAUGCAAAGAAAUUACAUGCAACCCCCCAAAAGUGGCGAAUGGUACUUUCAGACCUCAAAGAAAUGUAUAUCAUGGUGGAGAUAUAAUUCUCAUUGAAUGUGACAGUGUUCAAGGAGAAGGUGGACUAAAGAUUGCUGAAUGCACAAGGAAUGGAUGGUCACCUUCACACAUGUGUACUGUGGGCUGUGACUAUCCCAUUAUAGAAAGUGGAAGAUUAGAUGCUUAUUAUGAAGACAGGAGGGUCAACAACAUUCCAGUCUUACUCGGACAUCCAGUCCAGUUCAGAUGCAAUCGUGGUUUUCUGACAUCAAAUGGGUAUGAAUCGAUACGAGUUCAGUGUACCAGAUCGGGCUGGAAUCCGGAACCAAAAUGCCUCAUUCCUUGUACAGCAACUGAAGAAGAUAUGAGACGUAACAAUAUACGGCUAAAGUGGAAAAGAAAUGAAAAAGUGUAUACAGAAUCUGGAGAUGAAAUAGAAUUUAGCUGUGUAAGCGGUUAUCGGAGUGAUCCAACCUUCCAAGCUCCAUUCAGAGCACAAUGUAGAGAUGGCAAGUUGGAAUAUCCAAGAUGUAUAAGAUGAAUGGGAUUAAGCAUGCGGCAGACAUUUUUAACCAGCAUAUGGUCUUCAAUAAUCAUUGAUCACUUAUUUUUUAAUAUUAUCAAAUCAAGCUGGGUUUUUGCAAGUAUAUUUUUCACACUUGAUAUGCAGCUGACCACAAUGGAUCAUGGAUGUAAGAUGGAAAACCUGCUUCAUGGAAGCCACGCCUCCAGUGUCUGUCAUGGGUAAAGAUAUAAAAUGGCUACAGAUCCAGCCCACUUACAUUAAAAUUCAGUGGGGGGUUUUAAUAAAAAAAAUUACAAAUAUGACAUUGUAGAAAGGAAUAAAAAUAUGGUGGGAUAAAGUAUGCAAGUCAUUUGCAUAUACUUGUCUGAAUAUACAUUUGAACUUUCCUUGAAAAUGAUCAGCCCUAAUUAUACAAUAAAUAUACAUCCUGAUGGUUUAUAAGCUACGCACAAUAGCUUGUUUUGAAAAUAGCCCACUGUGCCACAAUUGGGUUCUCACACAAUCGAACAAACAAGCUAUGCAGCGGAGUUUAUUUAUCCUGCUCUUCACCCCCUCCCUCUGUGGUCCUCCUUCCUGGGUGGGCAGGUAUCCCAGCUUCCUUUGCAGUGGAAACCAUAUCCUCCCAUCCCUUGUACUGCUGUUAUGCCACCUGCCUAUCUCUGAUUGGCCUGCUUUGCCCUAGAAGUGUCUUCUUCUGUCUCAUGUCUCUGCAAGCAGCCCACUGUUCUCAAUGUGGUGUCGGUCCUUAGCUGCUUCCCUGCACCUCCUCCUGCCCACCCAACCCACUUCACCCCGGUUCUCAAGGCCUUGCCCCCUGCUCCCACUGCCACCCUGCUCCCUAAGCUGGAUUUCUGAGCCUUUUCCUUAUCUCUGCCCAUGUGCACCCAAAGGGGGGGGUCUAACCUUUUGAACGUUUUCAGGAAUGGUGCAAAGUUAAAUAUGUGGGGUAUCCUCAUGGGUAGGCCCCACAAGCAUAUUGCACAACUUCACUUUCUCAUGGAAAAGUAUACUAAAAAACACACAUUUGCUCCCCUUUCUGCUCCUACCCCCUCUUCCCCUUCCCUUCUCCCCUCCCCACUUCUUAUUCUUAUUCUGAAAGUUCAAGCCUCUCCCCACUCACCACCAGCAAACAGACAACACAGAAUAAAAGGAAAUUGUUUAUUAGCAUAUAAAACAGGUUAUUUGGCUUGCUUAAAACUUGGUUUGUUUAAGACUGCUUUGAAAUUAUGAAGGCCUUAGCUAGACCUAAGGUUUAUUUUGGGAUCAUCCCGGGGUCGUCCCUGCCUGCUCCAGGGAUAUCCUGUGUGUCAUUUACACGAACAGGGAUGACCCCGGGAUAAACCUUAGGUCUAGCUAAGGCCUAAGGCACUCGGCUCUCAAAAUUGGGUGUGUACGUGUGUGUGUUUCUAAAUCCUUAAAAGUUUGCAGGAAUGGAAAGAAGUUUCAUACAAAGUUUUCCCUUCUGGGAACUUAGCACGAGGGUUUCACCAUAGGUGAAACUGUUAGGAACCACAUGGGUGAAAGCAACUUUCCAACUUUACAGAGUGCAUCACCAAAGGUCCGGGGAGGAGACAGGCAGCAGAGCAAUCUGUUGCUUAGCAGAUCUUGGGAGCAGAGAUUGUUCAAGAUUAACAGAGUGGCAGCAGCAUUUUUGGCCACUGUUGCUGAGCGGCUCUGUAGUCAAUAUCUGUAACCCACGCUGGUUAACCCAUUGAUGACAUGCUAACCCACCAUAGGUAAAAUAACUCUUAUUGCAGACCAUGGGUUCUCAGUUUGGCUUAUUUUUGAGAAAUAACCCACCAUGUGUUAGAAAACAGUUCAGAGGUGACAUGCUAACCAUGAGUUAAAAAAAUCAUCAUGAAUUAAAUAAACCAUAGUGGGGUAAUGUGUUGUCCGAACCCAACUAAUGACUGUGCAUAAUGGAUUAUUAUUAUUAUUUUGUGUUCAUUUAAAAAAUGAAAUAAAAAGACUUAUUUGCAAACAUUAAGUUCUUUAUUCAUGUGUAAUUUGAAAAACCCUGCAAUAUAUUUUUAAACGUUUCGGCUGCAACUGUACAUACUUACCAGGGAAUAAGCUCCAGUGAACACUGGCAGGCUUGCUUCUGAGUUAAUGCCCAGGAUUGCGCUGUUAAUAUUUCUUUAUCAUAUUCUCAUAGAAGCUUUAUCAUAUUCUCAUAGAACCGACAAAUUUUGUUUAGAUUACCUUUUGUCAGGCAUGAAUGUCCAAGUUACUGUGAAAGUGGCCAGAUUUUGUGCUGCAGCCAUCUCACGCCGUAAAGAGGUGAGACAAUAAUAAUAUAUGCAUGUUCUACAUCUGUAAUAUAAUGUAAUGUGUUAAAUUGUAUGGUGUUUGAUUGGAGUGCUGGUUGUUAUACCAUAAUAAACUUAUUCAUUCAUUCAUUCA